UGUACAUCGGCGACAGUUAUAAAGUAGAAGCAAGACAAUGUACGCGAUUGUGAUUCUAAGUAUACUGGCUGUUGCGACAGCAGCCCCUCAUUACCACCACCAUCAUCAGGGAUUCAACCAUGGAUCUUCACUCGACCGUUAUCGAGGUGUCGAAGAAAAUUUAUUCGACACUAGAGCAUUUUGGGCCGAACUAGAAAAUGAGAUGAGACAGCUCGAUGAAAUGCUAAAGGAUUUCUAUGUGAAAUUCCCAAGCAGUGUGUCCAGUGAGGGUGUUGUCGACAAUCAGUACAAAAUCGUAAUACCAUUAAGUGGUUAUCAGGAACAAGAAAUAGCUGUGAAGGCGCGCGAAGGCGUUCUUAUGGUACAAGCUGUACAUAAGUACAAUGAUGUCAGUCAGCGUAGUUAUCUCGAUGUCAGAACCUUGCCAGAGUCCGUCAACUUAACUGGAACAUGGACUUACGAUAAGGAUCUAUUGACAAUUGUUUUCCCUCUUAAAGAAGGAGCGAUCAGCACCGAGAAUCCUGUAACGGUACUGCCAACUACUGAUGAGAGUGAAGAACACAGUCGAGAGGAGAUGGGUAAUGAUAAUGAAGAUGCUCAAGACGCGGAUGUUGGUGCCAGAGGUGAUAAGGACGCAGAAAUUCUGACCAAUGAAAUUUCUGAAAAGCAGGCUCCAGUAGAAGCGACAACUUAUUCGGUAGACUUGAAUAACGAGGUGGAAUUUGUACCUAUACAUUAUUAAUAUGUGAAAAAGUUAAUUUUUAUUAAAUUAUUAAAACACUUA